CUUCAUCCGGGUAUCUUAGCUUUCCUAGUUGCUAACGAGAGGACGAGGGAGCUGUCGGUUCUUCGCCAAGCAAAAGUCAAGUGCUAGUGUGUGGAAAAUGAGUGCAGUUCAAACGCUUAGAGCGUUGGUGAAUCAGCGACUAACUGCGGCCGUUGAAGAAAUAUUUGCAGUGUUCGAGAGCACGAUAGCAGGGUACGAGGAGGAACUUACUCGGACAAAAGAGGAGAACGGGAGACAACGUCAAAUACUGGACGGUGUUUUCAAACAGCCUCAAGUUGUGUUACGCAGAGCAGAUGCCAGUAAAGAAUAUCUUCAGCACAUUAAUGAAGAGGAGGAGAGGCCAGAACCCCCCUACAAUAAGGAGGAAGAGGAGGAUUACAAAAUCAGUCAUGAGGGAGAGCAUCUUGAAGGACUGGCGGAGUUCCCAGUGCUUGGUGUCCCUGUGAAGAUGGAAGAUGAAGACAAAGGUGAAUCUGAGGAGAAGAGAGAGGUGGAGCACAUGAAAAUAGAAGCUGAUGGAGACCACUGUGGAGGACCACAAGCAGACACCCUCUUAGCUUUACUAUCAGAUUGUGACGACCCGACGUCACACUCUCCCGACACUGAUGAUGAAGACUCUAAAGCUGAUCAGACAUGUCACACUGACAACACACGCUUGAAAUGCGCUCAGUGUGAUCAGACCUUUGAGCACAAGAGAGCACACGCUGGAGAUGAACCAUACUUCUGCUCGAUGUGCGAUAAAAGAAACAUUGAGAAGGUACAAUUGACAGCACACUCAGACAUAUACAAUAGGGAAAAAACGUUGUCCUGUUCAGUGUGUGGUACAGGUUUUGCUCACAAUCGUGAUUUAAAAGGACACAUGAGAAUACACACUGGAGAAAAAACAUAUUCAUGUUCAAUCUGCAACAAAAGCUUUCAUUACCAAUCAAGCCGUGCAAGCCACAUGCGAAUGCACACUGGAGAGAAACCAUAUUCAUGUUCAAUCUGCAGCAAAAGCUUUCGUUACCAAUCAAACCGUGCAAACCACAUGCGAUUACACAGUGAUGAGAAACCAUAUACCUGUUCAGUGUGUGGUGCAGGUUAUGUACGUAAAAGGGAAUUCAAAACACAUUUGACAAUACACACUGGAGAAAAACCAUAUUCAUGUUCAAUCUGCAACAAAAGCUUUCGUUACCGAUUUACCUGUGCAACCCACAUGCGAUUACACAGUGGUGAGAAACCACAUCCCUGUUCAGUGUGUGGUACAGGUUUUGCACAAAAAGCUCAUUUAAAAAAACACUUAGCAAUACACGCUGAGGGAAAACCAUGUUCAUUGUACAACCAAAGCUAUAUCAGUCUUCAACACAUGAGAACACAAACGGGUGAGAAACCAUUUUCCUGUUCAGUGUGCGGUAAAAGAAUUUCCACCAAAUAUCAUUUAAAAAUGCACUUGAGGAUACACAAUGGUGAGAAACCAUGUGCAUGUUCAAUCUGCAACAAAAGCUUUCGUGACCCGUCAAGCCUUACAAAACACAUGAAAAGCCACACUGGUGAGAAACCAUAUGACUGUUCAGUUUGUGGUGCACGUUUUGCACGAAGUGAUGCUUUAAAAGUACACAUGAGAACACACACGAGAGAAAAAACAAAUGUUCAGUCUGCAUCAAAAGCUUUUCCGGACAAGGAGCAGUUGUAGAACACAUGAGAACUCACUGAUGAGAAAGUGUUGUGUUGCUGAGUCUGAAUUGUCAAUGCAAUAAAGUUGUUUUUCUUUCAAAGAUGUGUCGGUGCGUUUUUGUUCAACAUGCAUCUGCGUCACAGCAGAAAACAUG